AUGACGCACAGCAGCAGCAGCAGCAGCAGCGGCAAUGCGGCGCCGGAAUUCCCGCCGGGGAUCCCUCCGGAACUCGGCCCCGUCCGCCGCAUCCUCGAAGGCUACAGUGGCGUGCCGCCGAACGAGGUCGACAGCCUGCUCUAUGACAUUCGCCAAAAAUCCCACGCCGUCUUCCCCUACGGCAGCAUCCGUACCUUCGCCUUCCUAGACCUCGGCGCCACGCUCAGCGACGCGCGCUUCCAAGCCGCAGCGCGCCGGCUCGCAGCACCAGAGUCGCGCGAGACGUUUCUCGACGUGGGCUGCGGCGUCGGGCACGUGGUGCGGCAGCUAGCGUUUACGCAUCCAGAACUAUCGUCAAGUGGACGGUUGUUCGGGACGGACCUGCACGCGGGGUUCCUCGAGAUCGGGUACGAGCUGUUCGGCGACCGGGAGCGCAUGACGGGCGGGGACGGAGCAGCGGCGUUUGUGGCGGGGGACAUGCUAGCAGACGGCAGCUCGCCGCUCGACUCGCGGUUCCGAGGGCAGAUCGACAUCGUGUACGCGUCGUUCUUCUUCCAUCUGUUUGAGCGGGCGGGCCAAGUGCGCGCGGCGAAGCGAAUGGUGGGGUUUCUGCGGCGGGACAAUGCGCGGGCCGUGAUCUUUGGGCAGAACGGCGGGCCCAAGGUUGACGGGUGGGAGAAAUAUGUGCUCGACUCGGCGAGCUGGAGGGACAUGUGGGGCGAGGUGGGCGAGGCCACGGGGACGCGCUGGAGGACCGAGAUGGACGUCGAGGACGGCGACGACUGGAUCAAAGUCAGGUUUGGAGUCUACCGGGCAGUGUAG